UCUCGAACACAGUGUCUGUCAGUCGGGUUCAAUAGGAAGGGGAAUCGUGGUACCAGAAGUGAUGCAAAUAUUCCGUGGGGCAGCCAAGGAAGAAGUGAGCAGCACCAUUUAGCUGAAUCAGCUCUCAGCGCCAAGCUCGUGGCGUGGCGCGUGGCGGGCUGGUCGCGGGGCAGGGAAGGCCGAGACGUGGACGAGGACAGGCGAAGGACAACACUCUGGAGCACCGUCGGCAGCGCCUGCAAGAGCAUUGUGACACCAGCAGCCCCAACCGUGGUGACGGUGCGAAAAAGCUGCUCGGAAAAGUUACGUAGACAGAUGCUAAGCAUUGCGCUCGUUUGAGUCGUCGAUUUCAUUGAACCGUACAUUCUCUUCGAAUCGCACGCGAAUGCAGCGGAACACCACUAUCGAUGAGUGCCGUUUGCCUAGAAAACCAAUAGCAUUGGAAGAAGGACGUGGACAUUCUUUUAUUCGAUACCGAAGAUUGUCGCGGUGAUACGGCAGAUGUAACGACCGAAGAAAGCUGCUGCAGGAGUUGGUACAGACCAGCUAGGCGAAAGAGCGAAGCAGCUGCAAGUGACGCUUUCGUAGCAGGCGGUGUCCUGUGCAGGCAGUGGAAGGAUUGAAGCGAUGAUCUGAUUGGCAACGAGUAAGACACAAGAGGAUUUCAUCUAUUAGCGAACGGGCGUAAGGCAAAAGAAGGGCGAAAAAACGAUAGGAUAACUCCGCCGAUCGACGAAAAGUAGCGGAAAAUCGAAAGGGAAAGCGUUUGCUGGUUCGUAGUAAGCAAGCGUUGUUCCGGUGGUGAGCAGCAGCGGUCGUAGUAGUACUCACCCGACUACUACCACUCAGGGCCCUUGUCCCUGAUAUUUUCCUGUUUUUACGGUUCAAAGAGGCUUAGAAAAUAAACUUUAACCUGACUCUCGGUUGGUUCGGCGGCACCUCGGAAAUGUCCGACACUGGCAGUGGACACGACGGAGGCGCCCAGAAGGACUAUUCACAAAAGAUGGACGGCGGCGGUGGCGGCGUCGGAGGCGGCGACUUCGACUCCGGCCAGCAGAGCCAGCAAACGGAGCAGGAACUCGCGACGAAGAUGUUACAGAUCCAGUCGAAACGCUUCUAUCUGGACGUGAAGCAGAAUCGGCGUGGGCGCUUCAUCAAAGUCGCGGAAAUUGGUGCUGACGGGCGGCGCAGUCAGAUCUUUCUAGCGCUUUCGACAGCGGCCGAAUUCCGGGACCAUCUGUCAACGUUUAGCGACUACUACGCCUCGCUCGGGCCACCCAACCCGGACAACGUGCCCGAAGACGGCAAGCUAAAGUCGGAAAUGAUGAUCAAGGACAACCGGCGGUACUAUCUGGACCUGAAGGAGAACGUGCGGGGCCGGUUUUUGCGCGUCUCGCAAACGAUCACGCGCGGUGGGCCGCGCUCGCAGAUCGCAAUACCGGCGCAGGGUAUGAUCGAGUUUCGCGACGCGCUGACCGACCUGCUCGAAGAGUUCGGCACCAACGACGGUGGGUACAAGGGCGAGCUGCCCGAGGGGCGCCACAUGCGGGUUGACAACAAAAACUUCUACUUCGACAUCGGCCAGAACAGUCGGGGUAUCUACAUGCGGGUGUCGGAGGUGAAGAGCAACUUCCGCACGGCGAUCACAGUUCCGGAAAAGUGCUGGUCACGUUUCCGCGACAUCCUUACCGAUUAUUGUGACAAAAUGAAGAAAACGUCCGAGUCAACCACAUCUUCAAUCACUGCCGAUAACACUUUACAGAAGCAAGCAUCAAAUAAUAUGUAAAAUUUCAAAUUAAACAAAACAAACCAACAAAACAAACGACAGUAAACCACAAAACCAACAACAACAAAAAAACGUAGCGAAACCAGGAUUAAAAAAAAGAAAGAGUAAUAUAAUAAUAAUUAUACAUAUAAUAAUAAUGAUUAUAAUAAUGAUAACAAAUAGAGGAAGGAAAAUUGGAAGCAUAGCACGCAGGAUGGGUUUAAACAAUCGAGGGCGAAACCGGCAUGGGGAAGCAAAGCGACACAAACGGUAGUGAAGAACAAGGGCAAGAACAAUUCAACACGAAAUCUGGUUGAAUCGGUGAGGGCAAACAGUUGAAAGGGCAGCAACACAGCGGAUGGCCGGCGAGCAUAGACCUGCAGGCCUACAGAGACAGGUACAGAGGAAAAUAGUGCUGAACAGAGUUUCACGUGUACAUCGGGCGAUAGAAAUGCGAUUUAGAGAAAGAAUUGAUGGCCACGAAGGAUGGUAUUUGAGUAUUGUUUACAUUUUAUUCGCAAUCUUUCGGGUGCGAUUGUUUACGUUUGUUUUGUAGCUGUUACUAUCUUGUUUAGUUUCUUUUUAAUCCUCUUAGUUUCCACAUCGUUUUCUGUGGUGGUGUACGUGGCGGCCCGAAAGGCACACCCCGCUUCGUCUAAUCACCACAUGCCGUAAAUCUGCGGUCCGCGAGUCGAGCGGUGAAUGAUUGAGUGGAGAUUCUCAUAUGCAUAAUGUCUCAGUCGUGCCCUCAGUUUAAUUUGUGUAAAAAUACAACCCCCGAAACGGGGCUUCACGUCUCUGUCUCUGCAGAAGAACACAGAAUACAGUUGAAAGAAAGUGAAACAUAGGCGAAUUAGGUUUAAAAACUUUUAAAAAUUUACCGCCAAUACUGCAAACUCGGUAUGGGCACGGAAAAAUAAAAGAAGAGUCCUUUUAAUAGCGAAAACAAAGGUCAGCAGACGAUGUUGUCGGCAAACGCGGACAGACGCGGGAAGAAGACACGCUAAUACAACACAGUGAAUGAACGACAGAAAUGGGGCGCAAAGGAGCUGACAUUAAACAACAAUAAAUGAAAUUGUAAAGCAAAUAAUGAAGCUCAGAUUAAAUCUGAAUAUAUUAACACGUUAUCGAGGCAAGGAACCGGGGCAACGGGCGAAUGAGGCACACCAGUGCCAGUUUCUGUAUAUGUUUUCGUUAUUACAGCAAACGGGCCAGAAGGAGUGACGGGGUGACAACAAUAAAUUACGAAAAUUGGUGUUUUUGUUGAAACGAUUAAAACUCACACGGACAGUGGUGGCCGAAAUUACUGCCUAGGUGGUCGACAGCAGGAAGCAUUAGUGGCGAUUGGGAUUAGAAGGAAGUAGAUUAAGCCGUGUGUUACGUGCUUCAUAGAAAUUUUUCGUUGUUACAUACUGUUUAACUUACAUUUCGGAAAGGUAGCGCAUGGUCGGACACAUUAGCUUAGUGCCGUACAAGAAAAGCUCUGGGAGGGCGCAACAAAGUGACUGGGUAGUGUCACCGAGUGUGUGCAAAUCUGGGUGAAAUCAUCAGAAUGUCUAGAAACAACGAGUAGUGUUCAAUCCGUUCUAUGCGCGAUACGUAUCCUUUAAGGCAAGUUGUGUACCGUGCAUGCAAACAAUGAGAACGAAUAACAAUAAAAAAAGAAAUACCACAACAACAACAAGAAAACAGAGUCAGUUAGGAUCGCGUUUGAAUUCUGAAACAUGAUAAGCAAAACUCACCACACAUUUUUUGCAUACCUUUAAUUCCUUUGCAGCCACGCAAGGAAAGAGCAAGGGAGAGAGAGAGAGAGCGAGAGAGAAAAAGACAACGUAAGAGAAGGAAACCUCAGCAGAAGGAUAGAAAAAGGGAACGAAGAUUGGCCAUUGGCACACUCGUACAUCUCGGGCUCCGCAGGAACCGUCGGGACCCUUUCCUGGAACUUGGAGAUCUUCCUCUGGAGCUCUGGAAGGUCCUUCCCAAAUCCCUGAGCCGUUUCAGCACCCUGUGAAACGGGAAGAAACCACCUACUCUCUCUCUCUCUCUCUCUCUCUCUCUCUCUUUCUCUCUCACUCGCUCGCUCUGUUGCUAUCCCUUUCUGAUUCAGACACAAAUUAAAAGACGGUGGACAGCUGAUGUUUGGUCGGAGUGGGGACGAUGAAACGCACGGAAAACAAACGCAAAUUAAAACGAAGUCAAUAUAUACUGUUGUUAAAUGUUUCAAAAACAAAUCUAAAACUCGACGCUGGAUCUUGCUACGUUAGAUGCCGAACGCAAGAACGGAAUCAACAAAACCAAUGUCUCUCGGGCAAUACAGAAACGCAAAGGCAGAAAGGCAAAGAAACGUAGCGCUCCGAGCGGUUUAGGUAAAUCAAACAAUAGAAUGCAAAUGAAAACAUGAAAACAAACAAAAAAAAACAGUAAAGCGAACGUAUUACUACUGAAACCUCUUCUAUGCGCAAGCACUGCGAACAAUGAAAGAAACUAGCAACAACUAGGUGUAGAUGGAAAAAAGUAUGUUGCAUCGGUGACGAGGUGAUUAUUAUGCAAAUGUUGUAUGCGUUUAGAAUUUUGGACCAUUUCAUUCCUUUGUUUGAGUACUUAGGCUCGAUAAUUUCUCUCUUUAACCUCUCAUCGCCACGAGUUAGUGAGAUGGAUGUUUCAAAGCGGGGUUAUUGACAUGAUUAUUUGCUCGAUGCGGUGCAAUAAAUGUAUUCAGUUCAGAGGCAAAAGUUCAUAUUUUGUGUGCUGCGGUUCGGUUUGAGUUUGUCACAAAAAUAAUAAAAAAAGUUUUUUUUUUCUACUUUUAGCCGAAGUAGCGCGGUUGUCUAAAAUGCGGUCAGAGCGCCUAGUACUAUAGGUUUACUAUUGCCACUCUUCUCGGGAUCGAACUGUGGUUGGAAUCUGCAAAAACACAAAACUCUUUUAGUGGUGGUAACA